AUGAAACUGGCGCUGCGCAGAGCCGGCUGCAAGCAUUCACUCAGUCAAUUCGGGCUUUGCAAUUGGCAACCAGCAUGCAAUCAGUGUGUAGGUCGCCUCGGCAUUGGCCAUGUCUUACCGUCCUCUCGCCUCUCCAGAAAGUCCUGGGAACAAAUCUCAAGCGUGCAGCUUGUCUACACACUGUUGGCUGCGGGUGUAGGCACGUGGCCUGGACAGCUGGUGUUGGUCCUUUCUUUCGUGCUGUGCGGUUGCUGCUGGCUGUGCCUCUUGGCUGCCCAGCCCAGUUGCUUUUGCGGCAUUUGGAAGGCUCCAAGCCCAAAUGUGGCAAGCCCUGCAACAAGCAGGCAUGAAGUAAGCUGGACGUCCAAGUUUGCCUGCCCUGCCAGUCACAACAAGACCCGGGGCAAGCUUUCUUUCCCUGUUUCUAGCGAUGCAUGCCUGGCAAGCAUGGUCGCAUUGCCUUGGGCAUGGCGCCCAAUUGGCUGCAGCCUCGCCCAAUCCGAAAGCCCUUCCAAGUCUUGGAAGCCUUUGCAGGCUCUUUGUCUUCGAUCCCUCACUUGGCCCUCAGAGUUUCAAGCGAUCAUCUUGGCGCCUGAGCAUGGGCCAUUCCUGCGAUUGAAGCUGCCUUUGAGGCACCGGGCUGGAGUUGCGCUGAUGGCCAUGCAUACCCAGUCGCCCAGCAAUUUGGGCCACUGGCUCCUUGGAAUGCUGAUCCAACCGGCACAGGCAGAGUGCGAUCAACAGGUAUCAUUUUUGGAUCCUGUUCCGCACUUUGAACUUGGGCAGCUCCGGCCUCUCAGGUUAAGUUCUGACACCUGCGCAAGGUGUCUGAGACUUGAUGUAGCGCUCGCUCUGCGAACCGUUUGGCAGGCCGCCAGGUUGGGCUUCCGAGUGGGCCGAGUGGAGCGGCACGUGCUUCACUUUGUUUGCCAGUGGCAAUGGGUUCAGCGACCCAAAAGUCCAGCUUGGUGGACACUACGGCAUGCUCUAGCACCUGGUUCUCGCACGACAGCCAACUUCGUGAGGGCCACAAGUGGAGCCAGGUAUCCAAAGGACUGCUCGGCCAGGAAAGCCUUGCAAGGGCAAAUGGUACGGUGCGCGAUGGUGCGCUUACAAGGAGAGACAGAACACCCUGUGUUGAACUCCGGCAACACCAGAGUGAUGGUAGUUGUCAGGGAAGCCUGGGCUUGGUUCAAUUUUGGAGCAGCUGAAGCAGUGGCAGCACUUCACAUUCCAGGUGCAUUUGCUCAGAGGCUUGAGUUCCAGACUUGGAGCUUUGCAUGCUAUGGAUUCCGCCACGUGCGGACCGCCUGUGGCUGGCAAGCAGUAGCAUGCCUCCAAGGAAGUGCACAUAUUUUUCUUGGGCAGCUUUGUUUCGCACACUCGCUGUCCAGCCUCCAGUCGGUGUGCCAAGCAAAGGGGCGCGCGAACAUCGUGUGGGUGAAGGCCCAGCAUUUUGUGCAGGCUCAGCCUCGAACGAAAUUGAUGGCCUGUUUGUUUGCCACGCUGGCAUUGCAUCAGCAGUUGAGGUUUGCAGAGCUGUGGCAAGCCAUCCGGAGGACCGAGGUGCUAAUUCGGCGACGUCCCUUGCUUGCUGUGCUGCUGGCGCCAGCCGCCUUGAAACCGGCGGCCAAACGCUCGCAUCAAGCGAGAAUCAGGCAGGCAGAGCCUGCAGUGCGGCAGUUCUGCGAUGCCCCGCUGGCCAGCACCCGGCUUAUUCCUGCCAAGGUCUGCCUUCAUGGCAACAUGCCCAGGAUUGACAUCCACGCGGUUCUGCAAGGUGGCCUGCCUGUGGGCAGGAUGCUGCCUUCCAUCACGCUGUCAGUCCAGCAGCAGUUCUUCUUGGCCAACCAAGAGACCAAGUUCUUUGUUUGCCUCCAGCGGAUUGCACGUCGUAGUUUGCCAGCGCGUUUGAUCAGGGCCGCAGUUGCAGUCCUUCAAUUGCGGCACAGUGUGCUCCGCACAAGCUUUGUCUUGAACAAGCACGGGGGCUUUCAGCAGCAAACCGCUACGUGCUUGUUGGACGAUGCAGUUGAGGUUUGCCACGUUCAGACGGACGCUGAAGCGAUGAAGCGAGCUCAUGAGUUUGCGCACGCCCUCAUGGACUUGCAGCAGGUGCCAAUUCGUGUGCUUUGUGUAGAGAUCUGUGGGGAAAGCCCCGAGACGUCGAAGACUAUGAUAGUCCUCAAAGUGCACCACAUUGCCAUCGAUGGCAGAUCCAUGGCCAUGCUGGACGCCCAGCUGUGUGAGCUUGUAGAGCUAGGUUUGGAAAACGACGCAGGCCUUGAGGCAAAGAAGGCGAGUCGAUAUUAUUUGUGCACCCUUGUCACUUCCGAGUUGCUGCAAUUGCUGGAGUUCUUCUUUCACGGAGGUCAUUUGCCCGAAGACAUCCCGCAAUACGCGGACUACGUGACCUGGGUCCAGGAUUACAUGCGGAGCGCUGAGUAUCAGCUGGAUUUGGCGCACUGGACAGCUCAGCUGGGUUCUGUGAGCAGUUUGCCGGUGCUAUCCAUUCCUGUCGACAAGCCAAGACCGCGGCACAGUGGGCUUGAUGCUCAUGUGGGCAUCGUGGACGUGCACUUUCCAGAUGAUUUCCUGGGACGUUUCAAGUCCACCGAUGCGUUCCCAUUUGUGCUGACCAUCUUUGCUAUGGCCCUUUGCCUGUGGAGCCGGCAGGACGCAGUUGUUAUAGGGAGCCCAGUGUUUGGUGUACCUUCAGUGGAUUUUGCUCGGGUGGUUGGCUGCACUUCGCAUUUGAUCCCAUAUGUUAUCCAGAUGCCACGGCCCUUCUCCUUGCCCAAGCUGCUGCGGGCACUAUGCGACAUGGUGAGCAGUGCAAUGAAACAUGGCACGGUUCCCCUGCAAGAAUCUCCUUUGUGGCCUGGCAACACUGAUGCCAGCCAACCCCAUCCCUUGUAUCAAGUGAUUGUGACCUGGCAGCCGCGGGGUGGCUGGGCAAGAAGGGGCAAGGGCUCGGACGCAUGGGAGAUGAAGCAGUUCAUCGGCCCUUCGCCACUGAUGGCAGAUUUGGUACUCGAUGCCUAUGAGAAGGACAAAAUUAGAGAGCUGAUGGCACAAUUUGCGCAGAGCCUGGGUGAUCUCGCAUCCCUUGCAGGGCAGCAGCUUGAGGCGGCUGACGCUUGCAUUGCUGCCGCGGGCCCCUUGCAGCAGGGACAAGGAGUGAAAGAUAUGCUAGCCAAGCUGCAGGACAAGUACCUGGAUGUGAGCAGCUUUGAAGUUCAGUGGCUGUCGGCACAUCCCUCGAUGCAGAUGCGGCAGCGGUUUCAGCACAGAACGCUGGCGCUGCGCAGCUGCGGCACGCGGCCUGAGAAGGCCUUGCCGCAGCGCUCCUAUGUGGCUGAAUUCCUGGCCAGAGGCAAGAUGCAGCAGACUAGCCGAACCAGACGAGGCCUGGGCCCCUCUGUCGGGCCUGCACCGUCAAGGUGGCAGGCUGCUUUGGUAGCAGCGGGUCGGAGUCUGCGCAGGAGGGUGCCUGAUAUUGCCAGUUUCGCAGCUGCUUUGGCCGCUUGCCAAGAAGCUGCCCAGUGGCGCCAGGCAUUGCAGCUGUUUCUGCAGCUCCCAGAAGGCCGGGCGUCUGCGCGCUUGGCGGUGCUGGGCGCCUGCGAGCGUUCGGCCAUGUGGCGCCAGGCGCUGCUGCUGCGCGAUGGCAGUGAGAAGGCCAUUUGCACCAGCAUGAGCGCCUGCUCCCGGGCAUUGCAGUGGCAAAGGGCGCUGCUGCUCCUGCAGGAGGUGCCAGCGUGGCUUGAAGUGAUGCUCCGCCCUUUCGCAGGUGCGUGCCCAGCGGCUACCGGACGCGCAGACGCUGACCACUGCCAUCAGCGCCUGCGGCCGUGGUCGACGCUGGCAGAUGGCGAUAGAUCUGGCGGCGGACCUCCGAAGCCGCGGCCUCCUGGAUGCGGUGGCCCUGAGCUGUGCUGUGACAGCUCUGACCGACGCGCAGCGCUGGCGGCACGCCCUGGCUCUGGCGCCGGUUCCAUCCUCGGCGGAGCUGUGUCACGCGCUGCUCAGUGCAUUCGAGACCUCCAGUCGCUGGUGGCAGGCUGUUGCGCUGUUGCAGGAAGCUCUGGGCAGGCAGCUGUCUACAUCAGCGGUAGCACUGAACAGUGCCUGCAGUGCCUGCGAGAAGGCAAGUCAGUGGGAGCUGGCAGCCAGCCUUCUUCAAGGCCCCGUGACGCCGGAUGCCAUCACUCACAGCGCAGUUGUGGCCGCCUGCAGCCGCGCUUCGCGCUGGCGCUAUGCUCUGCCUGCGCCGGCCGGGGACCUGCCCUCGGCGGCCGCCGUUGCGGCCGCUUCGCCAGAAGCUGGCCACUUGAACUACGCGCGGCGCCUGGCAGCGCGGAAGCUGCGAAUUUGGACAUUCUCACCCGGCCGACCCGCAGCUGCAGACCAGGAGCGUUUCCAAGCGCUUUCGAUACUUCUCCAUCACGGACACCUGCAGCUGCGGUACGCACGUGCAGGUGGCACUAG